AUGGAUGCGGAGAUGGAGGACGCAGGCGCCCAGGCCGAGAUCGAGCGGGGCGGCGGCGGCGGCGGGGCCGACGCGGUGCUGGGCCUUGCCGGCGGCGGCGCCCCGGUAUCGCUGUGCUACCACCAGGCGUUCGGUCCCCACGACGACCUCGUCCUCCUCGAGGCCGCCGACGACCUGCUCCCUGACCUCCUGCAAGGCCGGGUGACUGUACGGGGGCGUCCUGAAGAAGAAGCUGUCCUCUGCACACCUUCUGCAACGUACUCCAUGAAGUUUGUUGGCACAUCCAAUUCUAUGUUUCUGAUACCACCUGGGGAGCCGUCUGCUAAAUGCUUAAGACCUGACAGCACAAAUGGCGAUGCUAAUGCGGUGGCUGCUACCAUCAAAUUAGCACCAGGGAGCAUUGAAUUGGUCAGAACUGCUCCGCGACUAGAUAAAUUGAGGAGCCUUCUCCGCGAGAGGCCCUACAUACUUGAUGAGGUUCUUGGCAAUGACUUCCAACAUAUGAAGGGGCUAUACACUUGGCAAGACCUCUGCAAACUUAUCCAGGCCAGUGAUGGAGAGCUGUUAGAUGGGUUGAAUACCCUCUCGGCUGUUGAGAUUGAUGGAUUCUGGAGGACAGUUGAUGCCAAUUCUGUGAACACGAUUCUUGACAUGAUCCUGCACAACUCUGUGUUGCACGAUUGGCCAUUAAAUGCAAUGCCAGAAAAUGAUGUGCUCUCUGUCAUGGAAUCUGAUGGUUUUACCCAUAAGAUUGUAACCCACUGCCUCAACAGAUUUGGCACAAAGGUAGAGCAGGAAUCCAGGAGUUUUUGGAACCUUGAUGAGAAGCGUGUAUGCUUACAGUUUGCUCAGAGAGCGCUUGGUGCAGGAAAGAUGAAGCUCGCUAACUUUAUGGACAAAUGGGAGAGAAGCAUUCCUUCAGGAAUGCGUGCGGAUCUUCAGAUGCUGGAAGGGGAAGUGUUGUGUGAAAAGCUUGGAGCUGAGACCUGGGUGCAUGCUUUUAGUGUUGCCGAUUUGCCACUGACGCCUGCUGACAGGUUUGCAGCACUUUUCCGUGAGCAGCCUAAGUGGGAAUGGAAAGAUCUGCAGCCCUAUAUCAGGGAUUUGCGCUUACCAGGUGUCUCAUCAGAAGGAUUGCUUAUAAAGUAUACCAGAAGAACCCAACCAAGUGCUGAAGCUGAACCUAUUUUUACUGCAAGAUAA